GGCACACAUCAACAGCACAGGGCCAGGAGCUGCUGAUGGAAGGCGAGAGCUGCCAACCAGAGCCAGGAGCACAGCCAUGCUGACUGCAGGUGGGAGGUGGGAGGACCUCUGUGAUCCUGGAGGGGCUGUAGGUGCUCAGGGCCUUCUGAAGCUGCUCUGGUUGGGGUGGCAGCAGUGCUUGGAGCUCCGGCCCUUUUGCUGGGGGCCUUUGGAGCGGGAGGUGUGGCUCUGAUCCCUGCAGAUAGAACAGCUUUUUCCGCCCUCCGAAACAUUAUUGUGCGGUGUCUGAAAUUAGAUGAUGACUUCAGCCGACCAGCAAGUUGCUGCUCUUGGGUUGUUUCAGAUUUAAAAGGGUGCUUCCCCCUGCUGCCACAGGGCGUCCAGCCAUCCAGCCUGGUCGAGAAAGUCGGGGGAAACUGUGAUAAGAAGAAGAGGAUGAAUCCAUGCGAUGUGAGCUGAUGGGCGGCGAUGCGAUGAGGAGAAGGGUUCUUAGACAGCUUAGAGGUCUCGGAGCUGGCAGUGUGCUGCUGCUGCCUGCUGACACACAGCAAUAGGCUGUGGUUUGCCCUGCGCAGUCCCUGCGGUUUGGGCUGCGGAAGUGGUUGGUGUGGGUGCAGAUCGGAUCUGAGCGAAGCAGAGCUCCGUCGUUUCGGCUGGUGGGGGUGGUGUGGGGACACAGCAGGAGGAGUUGUUUGUGGGAUCAUCUUUGUUUCUAUGGGUGUGUGUUAGAAGGAUGCGGUGCUGUCUGCAGGUGCCGGUAAUGCAGAUGCCUUUGUCCCAGGCUGUGGCUUUCCCUGUGAGAUGCAGAACAUGCAGCAGCAAAGGGAAGCAUUGGUGGUGCUGCAGGAAGGGGCACUUUGCUCUGUGCCCAUCCCAGGGCAGCUGCCCUGCUGCAAUACCCCCUCCUCAGCAGCAGCCCUUUGCAGAGUGCUGCACAGCCCCAGGUUUUACACUCUCUGAAGUUCUUUCUCUACAGUGUUCAGCCCACUCGUGCUAUGGAAAUAAAAAAACCCCAUGAUAUGUCCAAAAAACAACCACCCAAAAAAGAGCAGGCGUGCUCCUCUGUUCAUGCUAUUCUGUUCAUCCAGUGGGAAGAUGGAGGAAUGUUGGUGCUCGCUUUAAACUCUGGAAUUUUGUUUACUUUGGAUGUUAACCAGUGCAACUUCAGCUGUAUGUAUUGCAUAGCAAACCUUGACCUCUCCCUUUUCCUCUUAGUAGGCUUAUUAUCAGGUUUUGCACUCGUCUGUGAGACGUUGGCUGUGGGUUUUGAUGCCUGCACCUGUUCUGCAGUGCUUUUGACUCCCACUCUGGAGCUGGGUCUGUGCCUGCAUUCUGCCUGCAAGAACCCAGCUGGUUGGAGCCAGGAAAACACUUCUCCGGGCAGUGUGCAGGCAGGGAGUUGUUGCUGCUCUGGGCUUGGUGCACUGUGAUGCAGGGGAUUCCCACACACAGCUGUGCUGCGGGUCUGGGCCUGGGGCAGCCUGCAGAACCUGCCCCUUUCCCCCAGCCUUUUGGUUUUCAAUCCCAGCCCUGGGUGGCAGCUUCCCUCACCUGCUCCCUCCCGCUGCAUCAUUGCUGUUGGCUCAGGGAAUGGCUGCAGAAGCAGGAGGCAUGCUCAGCUCGUGGGGUGCAAUGGGGCUGGGGAGGAGGGCACAUGGAGCAUGCUUUGAUGCAACACGGAGGGAGCCGUGCUAUCUGCAAGCAUGGGUGGCCUUCAGAUGGAGCUGAUAAGAGGAACAAGCAUGGUGUUUCUGUAGGUAAGCUGCAUGCAUUCACUGCUUAAAUGGAAAUGAUUCUUUUUUUAAUGUGUUUGAGCAAAUGUUGCAUGACAAGUGACUGCAGUUAUUGUGUUGGAAUUAGCUUGGCUGUUGUCCCUGCAGAGCUGAGAGCUCCUGCAGGGCUGCAGCGGUGCCCAGUUUGGGGUGGAGAUGGAGAAAUGAUCCAGUUACCCUGCAUGCCCCAUCUCUGGAGGGAGAUGUCCAUAGCAGUGAUGCUGCAUGAGCAGCCCUGCCCUGGGAUUUCAAAGCAAGGGGCACGUGUGCUCUUGUAGCUCCAAUGUCCAAGCCCUUCAUUUUCUUCCUGGCCCCCUGCAUGGCAUGUUGGGGCAGGGUGAGCCCUGUGAACAGCCCUGGAAAACACUGUUCAUUAUGCACUGCCUGGAGGGCAGAGGGGGAAUUGUCAAUAGGACGGGCUCUGAAAUAAAAUGAGUUCUGGGGGAGCUCAGGCAAAAUGAGCCAAAGCUCACAGACAGUGUCUGGAAACACCGUGAGCUCUGAACAUCAGUGGCUGUAUUUCCCUCAUGGUGCUGAAGCAAUGGGAGUGAAAUAGGUUCUGGUGCCCUUGAGAAAUGGAUCUGUGUGUUUUCAGAGCCUGGGGCUGUGAGUACAGGUACUGAUGCUGUGCGUUCGGUUGUUUCCUGCUGUCAGACAUGGGGAGCACUAUGUGAAUACCAUAAUGCUAAAGGCAGUGCUGGCUGUUGUGUUGGACUGGCACUUUGACACCGUUUGUAUGCUUUAAUUUUGGGGUUGCAUCGUAGUGUAAAGCCAGAGAGGGAUGAAAGCUGCGGUGCUGUGAAACAAAACUUUAGAAACCUUUGGAAGGAAUGAGUCAAGCUCUUUUUUUCUUCCUGCUUCUUGAUAUGCAGUUUAUUGGGCCUCAAAGUAUUUACUGCUGAAAGCUUCCUGCUGUAGAGCACACCGUGGCUCAGUGCUAUCGGCUGCUGCAGCUUGGGUUGGGUUUUGGAUUGGGUUGGGUUUUGGAUUGGGUUGGGUUUUGGAUUGGGUUGGGUUUUGGGUUGGGUUUUGCUCUCUUUGGAUCAUAACACACUGUGAAUGGAGCAGACCCAGUCUCGGGAGAUGGAGUGUCCCUGCUCCCGUUUCUCUCUCUUUGCAACACGUGAGCUGUAGAAUGACUGCUUGUCUCUCUCUGCUUUGGCACUGCUUCACGUUGGGCUUUGGUGACUGGCACAACUUGUGCGUUUCGGAGCUGUUUUUCAGCCGCCAUUGCAGGCUGAUGGGAAUUGGUUAAAUGCACUUCAAUGGCAGGAUAAGCAGAAAUUGUUUAUACGCUCUGUUCUAAGAUGUUGAGUGGCUUCUAAAAUUGCUCGUGGUAAAAGAUCAAGGAAGGAAACAGGGUGACCUUUAAAUGAAGCUCCAUAUAGCCCGUUUUCCUACACCAGAAGUCAGCGCAGACAAUGAGAGAUGGAGGCCAUUGGGGUUCAUGCUUACGAAGUGUCUUUUGCUUUCUGCUUUUGCAGAUAGGUAUUUUUAUUUUUAAUUUUCCUUACAGAUUUGGCAGACCUGACGGCUGCCUGGGUUUGCUUUGGAUCUGUUCUGAGCUUGGCUUUUGCCUGGCAUCCCAUGGGCGCCCUGGGCUCCACGCAGCGACUCCUGAAGCUGCACUAAGAACAUAAGGGCACCUGCAGGGGCUUCCCAUCCUGCGGUAGGCCCCUAAAAGCUUUCAGCUAAUUAUGCCAAACUACUCUGAAUCCUGAAAGCUUGCAGGUCUUUCGACUUUAUCACCCAUUGCCAGCCUUCAAUUGCAUCACAUAUGCUAAAUAUCCAUGGUUUGUUUUCUGCCCGUUUCAGAUGGAGUGGCUGCUCAAACAAUCCGGGCUGUGCUUGUCCUUCAGUGAUUGUUGGCCUGCUCUCUUACUGCAGAAACAAUUUCCUGUUUCUCUACCUCAGUUUCCUAUUUUUCAAGCUAAGUUACGGUAAUUGAAGGCAUGUUCCUAAGGAGCUGAGAUGACGCGAGGUUUGCAUAUGGGAAGCGGUUGCUUUGUGGAGUUAUUGCUUUACCUGCUGUAAGCUCUCCUGAAAUUGCUCUGCGUGGCAGAAAUUCCUGAGGGGAGCUUCUGUACGUCUGACUUCCACUGCCCGUUUUGCUGUAUCCUGUGCUGCAGAAAUGCAUCCUUAACCUCUUUGUUCUUCCAGCCGGUCCACAGAGCGGGGCCAGAAGUAACCCAAGAGGAGAUGCGUUGGCUGUAAGCUGCAGCCCAUGGAGCUCUGGGAGAUGACAGCCACGUGUGUGCCACCACCAGAGCUGGGCUGGGGGAUGGGCUCAGUGCUGGAGGGGGGGGUUGAAGGGUAGAGGUGCUUUGCAUGCUCCAGUGCAGCGCCUGUGACAGGGCGGCUUCUCAGGAGCUAUUUGCAUGCUGGAGAGCAGCGUGCUGUUUUUGUGCUGGGGAAGCACACAGCUGUUUCUCAGACGCAUAGAGACGGUGCAGGUGAUCUGACGGGCUCUGUGUUGUUGCAGCGUGCUGCUGAAACAUGUGAGAUUUUCGUGCAUAUCUGUACUUUCACAUUUACUCUCUCUCAAAAAGAAGGCGACCUAUACUAAAUAGUCACUUGCAAGUUCCUGUUUAUUUAAGAUGGGAAGGGAUAGCUUUUGUUGCUUUGUGUAAAAGACACAAGAAACCAACAUCCUGAGCCCAUAAUGGGCUCAGGGUGCAGAAAGCUUGCUGCUGCUGCACGCCCUCAGCCCCUGAGACCACAACUGAUGUGCAGGGCUGUUCUUUCAGCUGCUCAGUGGAAGCACAGCUGUGAGCUGCUCCUGGUGGCAGUUUGUCGCAGGGGUGUGGGCUCUGUCCAUCCAUCCAUCCAUCCUCUGGGGACCGCUUUGCUUCCGCUGCACGGAGCUCUGGGAAGCUGAUCUUUUCCCAUGUCUGGCUCCUUAUUGGGGUAAAGGUCUGUGAAUUCUGCAUAAAUAUUUACCGUAUCCCAUCCUAACCAGCUGAGAGCCGCUAAUGCUGUUAGUUAACAACAAGAAGAGCUUUGCUUAUUUUGCUUGCGGGUGUGUGGCUUGUAUAUGGGCAAGAGGAAAUGCGUUCCUUCAUCAAUAGAGUGUAGGCAAAGGAAUAGGGACUGAAGUUGGGGUUAUUUGGCAAAGAAUGGUGGGACAGAAAUAGGGAAAUCCUGGAAUGUUAAACCUGGAAUGCAAAGGCAGCACUGUGCUGUGGAAGCACUGAAAUAACUUCACUGUCUUAAUGUUUUAUUACGCUGGCUAAGUGAGCAUCUGUUCUUUCCUAUGCUCUUAGGAGGUGGUUGGGAAGUGCCAUCACCAUUCCCUGUUUUCUCUUUCCCAUCUGGGACUGUAGAAAUGCAGGUAAAUGUAGAGCAGGGUCCCACGUUUCCAGCCCUAGCCAUAGCCUUGCUGUCCCUUCUAAGAACCUGCUUGCUUUUUUUUUGGUCUAAGAUUUAUUUAUUAUUUUUCCAGAUUGUUUUCUUCUUAUGUCCUGUGGCUGAGAGAGCAUGGAGGGAAGGAAAUCUGGGAAAUCGGAGUAGGAAGCGAGAUAGAAGCUUCCAUUCCUGAGCCUUUCUUGUUUUUACACCGUUUCCUGGCAGCUGCGUUGGGCUGUACUUGAAAGGAAUGCAUUGUGUUGCUUUUUCCCCAAAUCUGCAGAUAAAACAUCAAUCAAAAUUAAUAGUCUAAAAUUAUAAGCCCCAGCCAGCAGUGAAGCCUUAGCCUGCAGUGAUCCUGCUGGGUUAUAAUCCUGUGUUAAAAUCAGUUGUUGGCUUGCCCGUCCUUAUUAGGAGUGGGUAGGAGAACUGGAGCUCAAGUGCCAAUGGAAAUGUCAUUUAUUUCCCAUGUGUUGAUGCCAGGGAGAGAGGUCUGAUGCUUAAAGGGACUGAAAAUGUCCCCUCUGAGGUGAAGGCUGUAUCCACGCUGUGUACGUCCGUGCACUGACCUGGAUGCUUUCAAAGCAAAUGCUCUCCGUGCAGAUCUGAAAAGCAAGCUCAGGCAGGGAAAUGACUGCAUGGGUAGAAGCAGGGAGCAGAUAGGGGCAGGAGCUGCUGCCUUUGGCUUCCUGACUGCUGCGUAAUUGCAGCCGUGGUGCAGCUGUGGCUUUGAGGUUAUAUUUGGUACCGGCACGCACUGCGCGGGGCAGCACAGGAGGGACGUUUUGGUUCAUAAGAUCUGAGGGAUUGCUGUUAAUACAGUGAUUUACUGCGGAUUGAUCUUCGUAAUAGCUGCCGUGAUUUGGGAAAGGGGGUUGAGUUGCGUCAGGAAUAGCAAUUGAAACCACCAAAGAUGGGGUGGAAAAUAAAACGAGGCAAAUGGUUUUGUGGCAGUGGGUACCCCCAGGAGUGUGAGCGCUGUGCUGCCUGGGGCACGGCUGCAGCCUUGGGAAGAUUUACAUUAAUCAAACACAAACGGACAGGCGUAGCGUGAAGAAAUUUCUAUCCCGCUAGCAGUGCUCACAAACUUCAUUAGGUUAUUGGGGCAGAAAAAGAAAACAGCCCCUUCCCCCUGUGCUCCUUUUGCCCAGGGCUCGGCAAGCCUGCUGCCCCUUGCUCUGACCUCCGGGCUCUUUUCCUGGGCUGGCAGCAGGCAUGCUUCCAUUCUCACCCAUGUAUGUGUAUAUAUGCACACAAAGAUAGAUAUAUCUACAUAGGCAUGCACAUAAAGGUACGUGUAAAUAUAUGUCAGUGGCUAUGUCUAGCAUGUAUACAGACCGUCUAUCCCCAACGCACACAGCUCUGUAAGGGUGGAUGCUGCUGCUGGAGGAGGAGGGGUUUGUUCCAUCCCAGCAGCGGAGCAAUUGAGCGAUGCUGCUGGAGGAUGUGUGAGCGUGGAAGGAAUUGGAGAGCUUGCAAGAGGGGAGGUGUGCGGGGAGGGCUGGGUGGCAGCGCGCUCCCCCUGGACGUGGGCCUUUGGGAUCUCCCUGCGCUCUGAGCCUGGCUGGUGAACCAGGUUUCCUCUCAAAAAACCUACAAGGCACGGCAGCAUUCUGAGCAGAGAGUCUCCAGCCGACAAGAAGCAGAAGGUUGAGCGCUGCAGCAGCACCCACGACUUCGAUCCGACAGAUAGCUCCUCCAAGAAGACAAAGUCUAGUUCGGAGGAGAGUAGAUCCGAGACGUAUGGUCUUGUUCAGCGGUGUGUUGUUAUCCAACGGGAUGAAAAUGGAUUUGGGCUGACAGUCAGUGGAGACAACCCAGUCUUCGUGCAGUCCGUCAAAGAAGAUGGAGCAGCCAUGCGAGCAGGAGUGCAAACGGGUGAUAGAAUUAUCAAGGUGAAUGGCACUCUUGUAACACACUCAAACCAUUUGGAGGUGGUAAAGCUGAUCAAGUCGGGUUCCUAUGUAGCUCUCACUGUUCAGGGGCGCCCACCGGGGUCGCCCCAGAUUCCCUUGGCUGAUUCUGAAGUGGAUCUGGCAGCAUUUGGGCAUAUGUCUCCCAUCAUGACAUCUCCCCAUUCGCCUGGCACAUCAGGAAAUGCAGAAAGGAUUACUAGCCCGGUGCUUAUGGGGGAGGAGAAUAAUAUUGUCCACAACCAGAAGGUGGAGAUUCUGAGAAAGAUGCUACAGAAAGAGCAGGAGCGGCUGCAGUCUCUGCAAGAAGAGUACGGCCGAUCUGCCAGCUCACGACUGCUCAGAGAGAUACAGGAAACAAAGAAGCACAUUACUCAGCUGCAGGAGCAGCUGUCCAAAGCCACAGGCUGUGCUCAGGAUGGAGUUUUGUCCUCCAGGUCUGUGGCAGAAUCGCUGCAGGUCAGUGAAGUGGAGGCAGAGAGUGGGGAUGCUCUGAGCAAACUGGAUUACAGUAGUGACAGCCCCUCUCGACCAAACAGUGACAUUGCUGAUAGUCCUCGCAGUGGCCUGAAGGAGCGGGUUUAUCUGGAUGAGAGCCCAGAGAAGACUGAGCUUCAAGAUACUGAUUCUCAGUCCAGCAUUGGAAGUCCUUCAUCCCGUGUGGGACCACAGAUCAUUGGAGCAGAGGAUGAUGACUUUGACACUGAGCAGGAGCAGAUAAAUGGACAAUGCAGUUGUUUCCAAAACAUUGAGCUCCUGAAGUCUCGCCCAGCUCACCUGGCUGUUCUUCUGCACCAUGUGGUGUCCCAGUUUGACCCUGCAGCAUUGUUGUGCUACCUUUACACAGACUUGUACAAGCAGACCAAUGCGAAAGAGACUCGGCGUGUCUUCCUGGAGUUUUACCAGUUCUUCUUGGACCGAGCUGCAAAUCUUAAAGUUCCAAUACCAGAUGAAAUCUCCGUAGAUCUAGAGAAAAGAAGGCCAGAACUCAUUCCAGAAGAGCUUCAUCGCCACUAUAUACAAACUAUGCAAGAUAAAGUCUGUCCAGAAGUUCAGAGGAAUCUGGAAGAUUUCAGGCAGAAACGUAGUAUGGGUUUGACCCUGGCAGAGGGGGAGUUGACCAAGUUGGAUGCAGAAAGGGUUCGUGACCGGAACGCAGUGGAGAAGGAAAGAGCAUGUGCAGAACAGAUUAUUGCCAAAAUUGAGGAAGUCCUGAUGACAUCCCAACCUUUGGAGGAAGACAAGAGUUCCACCAUACAGUAUGUGAUUCUUACUUACAUGAAGCACCUCGGAGUCAAAGCUAAAGAGGCUCGGAACCUGGAGCAGAAGCGUGGCCGUAUUGGUUUCUUGCCAAAGAUCAAGGUACAAAGUAUCAAGAAAGAGAAAGAAGGAGAUGAAAAAGGAAAGAGGAGAGGCUUUCCUAAUAUCUUGGGCCCACCGAGGAGACCCAGCCGACAUGACAGCAGUGCAAUUGGCAGAGCCAUGGAGAUACAGAAGCAGCGCCAUCAAAAGCACAUCCCUGCAGUGCCUUCUGUUAGCCCAGAGCCUCCAGAUUCAGGCAAAGUGCGCCAGAGUGGGUCCUCCAGCGAUGGCACAGAUGCGCCGUACCCACCUGCCAACCCAAUGUCUCCUUUGGCAGUGGGUCCUUUUUCAUCUCCAGAGGGAAACAAGGACAGUGAAUCAGGCUCGAAGCAGACGGGAGAAGCCCCACCUGCUAAUGAGUGUGUGGAUGGCACACCCCGCACACCCAAUACUACUUUUGAAUUCCCAUCUCCCUUGGAAAACUUGCCAGAGGAGGAGGGAGAGUCAGAGAGAGUGGUCGACAUGGGGACACCAAAGCCUUUUCGCAAGAUGGACAGCGUUGGUUUUGCAGAUGUACAAAGUGAAGAUGAGCUGUAUGACUUUGACAUGGACACAGACCCUCCUAACUGGCAGCAACUUGUAAGCCGAGAAGUGUUGAUGGGGCUGAAACCCUACGAGAUCAAGAGGCAAGAAGUGAUUAAUGAGUUGUUUUACACUGAGAGAGCUCAUGUCCGCACCCUGAAGGUUCUGCAUAACGUUUUCUACCAGCGUGUCACCCGGGAAGGGAUCCUCAACUCCAGUGACAAAAGGAAGAUCUUCUCAAACCUGGAGGAUAUCCUGGGCCUUCAUGUCGCAUUGAAUGAUCAGAUGAAAGCGGUCCGGAAAAGGAAUGAGACUUCUGUUAUUGACCAAAUUGGGGAGGACUUGCUUUCUUGGUUCAGUGGAGCAGCAGAGGAGAAGCUGAAACACGCCACUGCCACGUUCUGCAGUAACCAGCCCUUUGCUCUAGAGGUCAUAAAGUCCCGUCAGAAGAAGGACUCUCGUUUCCAGACUUUCGUGCAGGAUGCUGAAAGUAAUCCCCUGUGUCGCCGCCUGCAGCUGAAGGAUAUCAUUCCAACAGAGAUGCAGAGGUUGACAAAGUACCCCCUUCUGCUGGAUAACAUUGCAAAGUACACAGAACUGCCUGAAGAGAAGGAGAAAGUGAAGAAAGCAGCAGAUCAUUGCCGUCAGGUCCUUAACCACGUGAACCAGGCCGUCAAGGAGUCGGAGAAUAAGCAGCACCUGGAAGAUUAUCAGCGUCGUCUUGACCUGUCCUACUUAAAGCAGUCUGAGGAUCCCAUGAUGGAUGAGUUCAGGAACUUGGAUCUCACAAAGAGAAAAAUGCUUCACGAAGGACCUUUGACUUGGAAGGUUAAUCGUGACAAAACUAUCGAUCUCUACACUCUGCUCUUGGAGGACAUUCUGGUGCUGUUGCAGAAACAAGAUGAUAAGCUGGUCUUGAAGUGUCACAGUAAAAUCUUGGCGUCGACAGCUGAUAGCAAGCACACCUUCAGUCCUAUCAUCAAACUGAACACUGUUCUGGUUCGUCAGGUGGCAACAGAUAACAAAGCUUUCUUCGUCAUCUCCAUGUCAGAAAAUGGUGCUCACAUUUACGAGCUGGUGGCACAGACAGUUUCAGAGAAGAACGUAUGGCAGGACCUUAUAGCUCAGAUGGCAGGGAAUGUAAAAAUGGAGAGCAGCAGAAGAGUGAUUCCAUUACCGCAGUCAGGACCUGGCGAAGAAGAGCGUGAAGAAGAGGAGCAGCAGAAGCUCAAAGACCAGCAUGACAUUCCUGCCAGUAGCCUACAAAGCCCAGACAAAGAUCUGGUCCUGGACUCUCCAUUGAUACUGAAUGCUCAGACUUCACCCACCAUGUCUGAAAAGUCCGAGGUGGAAAGUCUUCUCGUGGCAGAAGGACAGUUUGAUAAAGUGCAGCAGGCAGACCUGGCCCUGAAGGAGUCUUCUCCGUGCUAUGAGCACACAGCCACCAAUUUACCUUUGGUAGCAGGAGGGCAGUGGGCAUUGGAUGCAUUAAGGAACCUGGACUUGCUGAAAAAGCUGUUGGUCCAACAGCUUGGCUUUGCUGAGAAGGGGACCCUUGAAGACCGGCAGCGCUUUCCCAGGUUCAGGACCGUCUCUCAAGAGGCACAAACGGAGAGUGGAAGUGAGCUUGGACUUCAGCACUCCGACCAUAACAAAUUGCACCAGCCUGCAGCAGACCCCACGCUUCCGAGAAGCGGAGCUAACGAGCCCACAGCUAAUUAUGGCCUCCGGACUUCAGCUGAAUCACCAGCUCCAGGGGAUGCCAUGCAGCUGGGAGCGAGAGACCCCAGACCCAGCAGUAACUUAGCGAUGGACCGCGUGGGUAUGAAUCUGGAGGUCUCCGCUGCAGAGCUGGAAGGGGUGGGUGCUGAUGAGAGUGGGGAGCAUUUCUUUGAUGCCCGAGAAGCUCACAGUGAUGAAAAUCCGUCUGAAAGUGAGCUAAUGGAAAGGAAGGACGAGGAGGAUGUGCAAAUACGGAUCUCAGGAAAUUAUUUGAUCCUUGAUGGAUAUGAAGCAGUGCAGGAGAGCUCCACGGAUGAGGAGGUGUCGUCUCUGGUUCUCCAGGGUGCUGCAGGUGGUAGCACCUCUUUGGACUCUGCACAGCAGCAGCCCCUUUCCCCACGGGACACACAGUCAGAUGGAGGGAGCUCCCCGUUUGCAGAGGAGAUGAUGGUUACCCGCUGGGGAGGAGUGGAAGAGCCCUGCACAGUUGUAGCAAACCCUCCCUUCUGGUCUAUAGAGUCACGCGUGCAGAUGAUGCAGUAUAUUCAGAAGAUAGAGAAUGACCUUGAAAAGUUAAAGGAGGUUGAGGAAGACUACAUCAUUCUCCGUCGCCAAGGGCUGGCUGGGUCAGCCUCCACAGGAGAGCACUCAGAGAAAAGUUAGUCGUGUUUUCAGGAUGGCUGAAGAUUGGAUGAGGACUUUCAGGACUCAGCACCCGCUGUCUUCCUUGUGGACUCUAAGACAAGAGGGUUCGGACCAUCCAAACGUGAACCAUCCUCUAGCAAAGCGGGCAUGGGUGCUUUUCCUUUGGGGCAUCUGCACUAUCUUGUCAGUGAGGGAGCCUGUUCUAUUCCACUCCUCCUCUCCUUGCCACCAGAAAUUCUUUUUUUUUUUUUCAGAACAGAAAAACCAAACCAAAUGUACAGAGCUUUGGGUGUAGGAUAUAAAAAUGUAUUUAGACAUUUAAAAAAAAAAAAAAAUCAUUGUAUUUAUUUGACUUCAUUCCGUGUAUCAAAAGCACAUUUUAAUUUUUUAAUCUGCCUUUUUUUGUUGUUGUUGUUCUCGUUGUUCUAUUUUAAUUGGGUAGUGACAGUUCUAGCCCUGUGCAUCCAGUGUGCUGUGCCUCCACUGCUCCUGAGCCUCGUUAGGUCCCAGGGCAGAGGGUGUGCCCGUGUGCAAGUGUACCUUCACUUCACUGGACUGGACUCUGCACUCCCUGCUGGCACCCAAACUGCCAGGCAAAGAGCUACUUAUGAAGGUGUUACGAUGACUUGUGGCUGGAACUGUGUGCAUUCAACGGUUGCAUGGGAAAUGCUCACGUCACUACGUGUCCAACAAGGGUUUUCCAUGCCCUGAGUAGCCAGGCACUUGGGCAAAGCUUUUUCCUCCCCUCCCUCCUCCCAUUCUCCUCUGACAUGCAAGAUAAGACUGGGAGAGGAGAAUAGGUUUAAGUUUUUUUUCUUGACUUUGUUGGCUUUGAUCAUUGUCUCCUUUGUAAAGUGAUAAAAUUACUUGGACCUGCAGCACUUUUGUAACUCUUCUCUGGAUCAAAAAAAGAAAAAGAAAAGAAAAAAUGCAAACCCAGAAGUGUUUCAAAGAUGUGGGGCGGAUGGGUGUCUGUCCCUGAUUCACUACUGAAUGAAUAAGGGCUGCCAUUUGAGUUAGCCACAGGUACUGCUGAUUAUAGGGCCAGUAAAUUUUAGUACCUGAAGGUAUGUCUUGCUGAGGGCUUGGGGUGUUCGGUUGUUGUUUCUUUCUUUGUGCCAAUGUGUUCUCACUGAAACAGAGAUGUGCAAAGCAAAGGAGGCUGAAACAGCUCUCCAGCACUUCCCUGGGCCUGUUCUGAUGGGGGUUUGCUGUUCAAAUUCCUUCUGCUCUGGGAACAAGAUGUAACCAUCAGCCACCAGCAGAGCCAAUGCUGGGCAGCCUCUGCUGGCCGUGCACUGCCCUGGGGUCGGUCCUGGGCUGGGCACCAGCGUGGCACGGGGUGGCUCUGCAAGUGGGGCAGCUAUAAUGCAAAGCAUGCAAGGCAGUCCCUUUUUCCACCCUCUUUCCAGGUUUUAAACUAUUUAACGAACCUGAACUGAACAGCAUGCCAAACCUGUAAAUCCCAUUAACCCAUCAGAACUGCAAUAGCAGCUACGUGGAUCAUGAAGUGCUGAGAAUCUGUCUUUGGUCAGCAGAAAGAUCAUCUUCCCUGCUCCAUUAAAACAAGUGUUUUCUCAUAAGCUGUUGGCACAGGGUCGGAUCUCUCCUUUUUUUAAACUAAAGCUGGAAAGGAGGUCCUUCUUCUUCUUCUUCUUCCCAUUAGAAAUAGGCAAGGGAUGAGUUCACAUAAAGAUUGAACAAAACAGAGAUUGAAUUUGGGGCCUGGUGUGAAAGAAGGAGCCUCAGUCCCUCGUGGGGCAGGGAGGAGUUCCUCUUUUGAAGAGCUGAUUGCACAGAGUAUCACUGUUCACCAGCAGGAGCAUUGCACUGCCAACACAAGCCAAAGUGUUCUCUUCCAUGCUGGCAGGAGCUGCUUCUUCCUUGGGCCCUGCUCAGGCCUGUCCUGCUCACCCCAUGAACGUACUGUCAGUAUUAGCCAGGCGCUUCCCUUCUUACCUGCUGGGACCUCCCCUCCUUGCCUUCAGCCACGCGGUUCCUUUGCUUGUAAGCUUCCUCUGCUAAGCCCCAGAAGUAGAAUGCUGCCUCAUGCUGAUGGAGCAGCUUUACCUGAUCCUGCCAGAAACUGAGCUGGGCUGCAGCCAGACCUGCUGUCCGGCACCCUUUAUUCCCCAUCCCAGAUCCCCUUGGUCAGUUGGCACCCUGCUGGUCUGCAACCCACACUCCAGAAACAGGAGCAGUCCUUACGACCGUCGCAGUCAAAAAGCUUUCCAGCCUAUGAGUUGCUGGAGUCCCCCACCAUCCCAAAGUGCUGGAUGUAAGCUGGGACGAGGCCAGGGGCAGCUCUGUUUCUUUCCCCUCUCAGGUUGCACAGGGGGAAAUACCUUUGCUUUCUGCUGGGCUAACAGGUGGCAGGGAAGGGAGGCCUUUGGGGUGGCUGGGAUGGAUGAUCUGCAAUGCAGGAGGCUGCAGAGUGCUGUAAGGAAAGGCGGAGAAGACCGACCUGUUUGAACCCAGCUGGAUGGAGAACAGAAAGGUCACACCGUGCUGAUGGGUUUUUGUUUCAGCCGGCCUGCUGCUGUGUUGGCCAUCCUGGCAAGCAGGGCAUUACUCCUCUAGAGAAGUGAUGGUGGGGUCAGGGAUGUGUGCGCAGUAACCCGAAAUAAUGAGGGAUUCCUUUCUACUCUCUGGCACAUCUACUGUAUGGCAGAACCUCAGGCCGUGCCUCGCUGCGCGGAAGGAGCUGGAACUGAAUGCACUUUCCAGGAUUCCCCUUUCCCCUCCAAGCCAUAACGUUACUCUUUCUUCCAUCCCAAUUUCCAGGGUAAGAAAGCGUUUUCAUUCUCUCCUGGUUGCCGUUUGUACAUUCCCUUAUCAGACUGGACAGCAGAGCAGGGCUGCUCUCCGGUUCCUUUGCCCAACCCAUCCUCCCUCCCGUUCAGCUCUUUCCUCCCAGCUAUGAGAUGCUGUCUGGCGUUGUGUUCUCUCUCUGCUCCCCAAAGAAGCCCCCAUCCCCCCCCCCCCAAAGGUGCCAACUGACAAGCAGAUGUACUGCAAAAGGGAUACUGCAGCCAAAACACUGCUGUUGCGUUUUGAAUUCAGCCUUUCGGAGCUCUCUUCAUAUUAGGAUAUGUUUAUUUUCUUUGUACAACAUACAAUCAUGUACUCUUUAACAGAGAUUUACUUUAAAGAGAAGAAGAAAGAAAGAAAGAAAUCUGGAAGUAUUCUUUAAAAAAAAAAAAAAUACGCAAAAAUCUUUAUUAAUAAUCCUGUAUUUUUACUGAUCAUGUUUGAAUGUCUAAAAAGACUUUAUUGUUCUAAUUAUCCAGAUGUAUGUUUGUAAAAUAGCUCUUUUAUGACUUAGCUGAUAAGGUUGUAUGUUUCUGGAAUUAAAUAUUGGUCACUUAAAGAAAAAAAAAAAAAGAAAAAUGUUGUUUUCAGGAUCUGGGAAAUAGAAAAUUUACGCCUUUCAAAUAUCAUUAAAUAAGCUUAAAGGAAAUCA